UGUGCUACGGACCUCAUUCAGUGGUCGUAAGCCGUAGUGUUGAGUCGUGUAUUGAUUCGAUUUCGCGUCAGUCAGUUACAGUGUUUUAGUUCGAGUAAUGCUAAGUGUGUGAAGAUUAAUGUUAUGCACGCAAUGAGUGAUCCUGCGUCCCUUGCCGGAAUGUUACCUUUUGACUCCAUUGGGCUCUAUGAGCAGCCGAAACCAAGGUUUAUAUUUAAGAUGCCGCGUGUGGUUCCCGACCAGAAGGCGAAGUUCGAGUCUGAUGAUCUCUUUAAAAGACUGAGCAGAGAGAGCGAGGUCAGGUACACAGGCUACCGUGACCGCCCUCCAGAAGAAAGACAGAUGCGUUUUACCAGCGGUUGCCGUGAGGGUCACACCGAAAUCGCCUUCACUGCUACUGGAACCAACCUCCAACUCGUCUUCGAUCAUUCGCCAUACAACAACCGGGGCUGUGACUUCCAGAAAGAAAACGGCAAAGCCCAUAUCAUAUCCCGGUUCAUAAUGAAUGGAGUGUGCGUGAGAUGGCGGGGAUGGAUCGAUUUGGAGCGUCUAGACGGUGCAGGGUGUCUUGAACUCGACGAGGAACGGGCAGCCAUUGAGGAUGCAGCAUUACGUGACCAAAUAGAACGUUACAAUCAGAGGCUGCGUGACUUUGAAGAUAAACAGCGCGCUUACAGAGAACAUGGCGAGGAUAUGCGUGGACACUCGCAGGUCCAUGGUGUUCAACGUUGUCAUCCGGGAAGGCAACCGCCCCACGCGCCACAUCCCUCCCAUCCACAUCCCUCACACCCCGUACAUAUAAAACCUCACUCUCAGGGUGCUCUCAUAUCGUAAAUUCAUCUAAAUCUUUACCCUGAAAGAUAUACUAUAUAGAUUGUCAAGCAAUCAAUUUUGGAUGCAUACCUCAAUGUACCUUAGAUGAAGAAAGUAUUGCAAUCGUAAUUAUAAUGUUUUUACAGCGGUAUCAAAUUCGGGGGUUUUUUGUAAUAGUAUUUACCAUAAGCGAAUACUAAGUAGUUCGGAUAGGCCUAUCAGAACGUAGCUUAACGUUUUAGUUAUGUGUACUUUUUUUCAAUUUUAGAGUUUGCUCGAUACUUUCUGAAAUUAUAAAAAUUAUUUGAACGUAUAAAGUGAUAUUACGUUGAUUUAGUUGUGUUAUUUAAUUUUAAGAUAAUUUGUUUAUUUAAUGUGAUAGUAAUGUGAAUAAAUAUGUAUAAAUUUUAA